AUGUCUACCGCACCACAAUUUCUGCCAGUGUGGAAUGAGGAGUCUGCAAAAGCUGCCGACGAUCGCAAAGUAGAAGGAGAAGCGAAACAAACCCGGCAGGCGUGGAAUGACUGGGGCGAACUACUAAGAGAAGGGACGCAGCGUCGUCCGGCCAAGCGCUCGGAUGCUCCUCACUUUCGGCUCAAGCUCACGCACAAGCCGAGUGGACGGAGCGUCAUGCUCUGUUUCAUGGGAUGGACGCGGAACCAACCACCAAACGCCGCAGAACGACCUGUGUACCAGUAUCCUGAGACUCCUUCCGGGAGCCCGCAUUCCUUCAGUAUGCACCUCAUCCAUGUCACAUGGGGCUACGUUCACAAAUCUCCCGACAUCGUUGAUGCGGAGAAGUCAUGGUCUUCAACUGAAGGGAGUUACCCCUUAGGCGUGAAUUGGAAAGUCGAUGAAUCUCCAACUGGGAAAAACCUCAAUGUUGACACGUCGAGGAUGUCGACCGCGGCGGCGGCCAAGUUUGCAACGUUAAGGAUAAUCAAGACCAAUGCAACGGCCAUUUAA